ACGCGCAUAAGAUGGCCCAUUAUCCAGUAUUCACCGUUGGAUUACUUACUUGUCUGGUUUUGUGCAUAAAUGCACAGCAAGGUGGCACUGAAUGUUUGAAAGCAAACGCCAAAUCAUGUGGAGAAUGUAUUCAGGCCGGGCCCAAUUGCGGCUGGUGCACUAAAGUGGACUUCUUACAAGAAGGAGAGCCCACCUCAGCCCGUUGUGACGAUUUGGCUGCUCUGAAAAGCAAGGGCUGCCCUGAAGAUGACAUCCAAAACCCCAGGGGACGUAAGCAAAAGCUAAAAGACAUCCCAAUAACGAGCAAAGGUAAAGGAGAGCGUAUGGACCCUGCAAACAUCACCCAGCUCCGACCCCAACAAAUGGUAUUCGAAUUACGAUCAGGUGAACCCCAGACGUUUAAUCUGACAUUCAGAAGAGCAGAAGACUAUCCAAUCGACCUGUACUAUCUUAUGGACCUCUCAUUUUCUAUGAAAGAUGACUUGGAAAAUGUAAAAAGCCUCGGAACAGCUCUUAUGACAGAAAUGGAGAAAAUUACUUCAGAUUUCAGGAUAGGUUUUGGCUCUUUUGUGGAAAAAACUGUCAUGCCCUACAUAAGCACCACUCCAGCCAAGCUUAUUAACCCUUGUACUAGCGAUCAGAAUUGCACCAGCCCAUUUAGCUAUAAAAAUGUCCUCAAUCUGACCAAAGACGGGAAGUUGUUUAAUGAUCUGGUAGGCAAGCAGCAGAUCUCCGGUAACUUGGAUUCUCCCGAGGGAGGCUUUGAUGCCAUUAUGCAGGUUGCAGUCUGUGGUGAGCAAAUUGGUUGGAGAAAUGUCACACGCUUGCUGGUCUUUUCAACUGAUGCAGGAUUCCAUUUUGCUGGAGACGGAAAAUUAGGCGGCAUUGUUUUACCAAACGAUGGCAAAUGUCAUUUACAUGAGAAUAUGUACACUAUGAGCCACUAUUAUGACUAUCCCUCAAUUGCUCACCUUGUGCAGAAACUUAGUGAAAACAACAUUCAGACCAUAUUUGCUGUUACAGAGGAUUUCCAGCCAGUCUACCAGGAGCUGAAAAACCUGAUUCCAAAAUCAGCCGUGGGAACCUUGUCCUCAAAUUCCAGCAACGUGAUUCAACUGAUUAUUGACUCCUACAAUUCUCUUUCCUCAGAACUUAUUUUGGAAAACAGCAAAUUGCCAGAGGGUGUAACAAUCAGCUAUAAAUCAUUCUGUAAGAAUGGCGUCAAGGGAACUGGGGAGGACGGAAGGAAGUGUUCAAACAUUUCUAUUGGUGAUCAGGUGGAAUUUGAGAUAAGUGUGACGGCUCACAAGUGCCCAAAAAAAGGACAAGCAGAAUCCAUAAAAAUCAAGCCUCUUGGAUUUAAUGAAGAAGUAGAGAUUAUUCUCCAGUUCCUUUGUGAAUGUGAUUGCCAGGAUAAAGGGACUCCCAACAGUCCUGAAUGUCAUUUUGGAAAUGGAACAUUUGAAUGUGGCGCCUGCAGAUGCAAUGAUGGCCGCAUUGGGAAAGAAUGCGAGUGCAGCACUGAUGAAGUAAAUAGCGAGGAUAUGGAUGCUUAUUGCCGAAGAGAAAAUAGCUCUGAAAUCUGCAGUAACAAUGGUGACUGUAUAUGUGGCCAGUGUGUGUGCAAAAAGAGGGACAAUCCCAAUGAAGUUUACUCCGGCAAGUACUGUGAAUGCGACAACUUCAACUGUGACCGAUCCAAUGGUCUGAUUUGUGGAGGUAAAGGCAUAUGCAAGUGUCGAGUAUGUGAAUGUUUCCCCAAUUACUCCGGCAGUGCUUGUGACUGCUCAGAAGAUACAUCGACUUGUAUGGCAAAAAAUGGACAGAUUUGUAACGGCAGAGGAAUAUGUGACUGUGGAAGGUGUAAAUGUACAGAUCCCAAGUUCCAAGGACCAACCUGUGAGCUGUGUCAGACCUGUGUUGGUGUUUGUGCUGAGCACAAGGAAUGCGUCCAAUGUAGAGCUUUUCAGAAAGGAGAGAAGCAAGAUGUCUGCAUGGAGCAGUGCAUGCACUUCAACAUCUCUUUAGUGGAUAGUCGGGAAGAGUUGCCCCAGCCAGGCCAGGCAGAAGCCCUCACACACUGUAAAGAAAAGGAUGCCGAAGACUGCUGGUUUUAUUUCACUUAUUCAGUCGAUUCAAAGAAUGAAGUUAUGGUGCAUGUUGUGAAGGAACCAGAGUGUCCCAGUGGUCCUGACAUCAUUCCUAUUGUUGCUGGAGUCGUUGCUGGAAUUGUGCUCAUCGGACUCGCCUUGCUUCUCAUAUGGAAACUGCUUAUGAUCAUUCACGACAGAAGGGAGUUUGCCAAGUUCGAGAAGGAGAAAAUGAAUGCUAAAUGGGACACUGGCGAAAAUCCCAUUUACAAGAGCGCAGUGACGACCGUGGUGAAUCCCAAAUACGAGGGGAAAUGAGGAAGAAGUCGUUCCACAACACUCUGUGCAAGAAGCAUUAUUUGUACUCCCACGAAGGUAACAAAAUGGCCGUACCCCAGUGAUACCCAUGAGCGAAACCACAGAAGAAUUUGACAGAAAUCGAGAAAAAAAAAACACAUGCUCGCGAGAGCAGACGUCUAAUUGGUGCCACAGGACUGUCGUACUCCAUAUUGUUUUGUUGUCACUUGAUCUUGGGUUCAGUUGACCUCAAAGUUAAUGGAAGUCCUCUCAAUGGAUUGAAGGUCACAUCGUGCCUUUUUCAUCCCCUUCCUCUUGUUUAAAAAAAAACAAAACACUUUUUUUUUUUUUCUUUUGGUGUAUUUUUGUUGUUGUUAAUUGUGCGUGUGUUGUGUGCGUUAAUGUGUCUGGAAGGAGAAGGUUUGAUCACUCAGAGCUUUGCCAAUCAGAGUAUUCUUGUUUUGUAUUCCUUUCCCCAUUGGACGAUCAGAGCUGGAAUUUACAAACAGGCCACCAAUAACAUUGCAUACCUCAGACUCUCUCUCUCUGCAUGAUCAGCAGCUCUGUAUGCGGCUUCUUCUGGGUAAAGACAAGCUGGUGUGAGAAAAGGCAAAGUGUUUUAUAAAUAAUGUACAUAAUAAAUACACGGCCCGUGAGCAUGCUUCUAUAGAGGCUAAAUUCCAGCUUUGUGUCCUUUUGCUGCCUGACUUUUGUACCUUGCCAAACAUCACCUCCUCAUAGGGCCUUAAAGGAAGAGUUCAGUGUAAAAUAAAAACUGGGUAAAUACAGGCUGUGCAGAAUAAAAAUGUUUCUAAUAUAAUUAGUCAAAAAUGUAAUGUAUAAAGGCCGGAGUGACUGUGUAACAUAACAGAACACUACUUCCUGCUUUUCAGCUCUCUAACUCUGAGUUAGUCAUCAACUUGAAGGGGGGCCACAUGGGACAUAAUUGUUCAGUGAGUUUGUAAUUGAUCCUCAGCAUUCAGCUCCGAUUCAAAAGCAAACCUUUAUGAGCCUUGUGGGCCCCCUCAAGUCUCUGAUUGGUUACUGCCUGGUAACCAAUCAGUGGAAACCAAGAGAGCUGAAAAGCAGGAAGCAGUGUUCUGGCUAUUAUGUUACACAUCCAGUCACUCCAGCUUUUAUACAUUACAUUUUGCCUAAAUAACUAUAUUAGGAACAUUGUUUAUUUUGCACAGCCUAUCUUUUUUUCUAUUUACCCAGUUUUUAUUUUUACACGGAAUUGUUCCAUUAAAUCUCCUUAUGUCCCAUUAUGUGUACGUACUUUGGAAAUUUGGUGCUUCCUUUAUUUGCCUUAAUCAUUUGGUUGUGCCAUCAGUUUAUGUACAUGAGCAAUGUGCUAUUUCCCCUGGUUUACUUACAGCCAAUCAUUAUCAUGUAUUUAAACAAAGACGUUCCUCUAACCUGGUGCCAUUCACAGUCGCCGUAUAUCUGUCUCAGACCAUUUCCAUUGCCUCUGUCCCAUAUUUGUCACAAUCUUGUUUUUAAGUGCCUUUUUAUUUUAGCAGGUUUUCACUUUUUACAAUACUGUUAACGGAAAGUUAUUUAUUAAAUAAAAAUGACUUAAAAAAU